ACAAGCAACUAACGGGACCAGAGACCAGACCAGAGGACAGUCAAUUAUAGUCUUAUGCGUCGCUGGCAGCCUCGUUUUUUUUCCGCCACAACAGGCCGACUCAGUUCUCGGUUUGAGGAAAUUACAGCAUGCGUAGACUUGUAAUUACGUCUUGCAAUGGACUCCUUUUGUUCCAGCGAGAAAAGAGCACCAAAGCAACAGUAAAACGGGACCGAUCCAGUGGAAAUACUAUCUGAUAACUCCAUUUGCCUGCACUUCGCUUAUUGCCAGUGAAUAUCCGAGCUGAAGUCCCUCGCUGAGGCUCGCUGUUGCAGGGAGCUGGAGGCCGACUGUGCGCGCUAGUCUUUGCCUACCUGUAGUUUUUGGGACUGUUACAGCCUACCUGUGUGCCCAGUCUGCUCACAUUCAAGUCACAACUUCCCAAUCAUUACACUCAAAAGGGACAAACGAGGGACAAUGGUGAAUCCCGGAGGCAGCACCCAGCCACCACCGGUGGGCGCAGGUUCUCUGUCCUGGAAGCGGUGUGCAGGGUGCGGGGGCAAAAUCGCAGACCGUUUCCUCCUUUACACCAUGGACAGCUACUGGCACAGCCGAUGCCUCAAGUGCUCAUGCUGCCAGGCCCAGCUGGGCGAAAUAGGCACAUCCUGCUACACAAAAAGCGGCAUGAUCCUCUGUAGAAAUGACUAUAUCAGAUUAUUCGGGAACAGUGGAGCUUGCAGUGCUUGUGGUCAGUCCAUUCCAGCCAGCGAAUUGGUGAUGAGGGCACAGGGCAACGUGUACCAUCUUAAGUGUUUCACAUGUUCCACCUGCCGGAACCGGCUCGUCCCCGGGGACCGGUUCCACUACAUCAACGGCAGCCUGUUCUGCGAACACGACAGACCCACAGCACUCAUCAACGGCCAUUUGAGUUCACUGCAGACAAACCCACUACUGCCCGACCAGAAGGUGUGUUAGGCGGGAGCUGUGCAGGAAGCAGGAUGUGUGCCUUCAUUUUAGCCCUUACUCAUUGUCACCCAAGACAACAUGGAUCAGCACCCCAGCCUUUUAGCUGUGCUCCCAGGCCCUCGCUCAUCACCCAAGUUCCCAGGAAAACCUCUGCCAUCUACCAAUAUCCUGAUAUUAUUUCUGCAACCCAUAUCCAACGCUCAGCCUUCAAUCUUUGGCUUUCCCCAAAUAUGGGUGGAUACUUGCACUUAAAGCACCUGAACUGGGAUACUGAGGACUCCAUGACCUUGGAAUGAAAGGAGACUGAUCAGAAUCCAGGGGACUCUUCAGGAAGACAAAAAUUAAAUAACACACGGAGGAUGCUCUGGGUGAAGUGAGGGGAAAGAGAAAAAAAAAAGACAAAUGAGGUUAAAGCGAGUGCAGGCUUUUUCAAAACCUGCAUUCGUACAUUUGUUUAAAGACAUUUUGGGGAAAGCGGGACCUUUUAAUUUUUCCUCUGUUCCUUUUCUAUCCUCAUUUCCCAACAACAUAGUGUUUUCACUUUCUAUAUUUUAAGUGUUGUAAGGGGGAAUGUUUUUUUUUUUUUUUUCCUGGUGGUAUAUAUUGAAAACAUGGGGUUUUAAAAAAAAAAUCUGUGGCUUUUUGUGGAAAACAAAUCAUGAACACUCUUGAUGUAUUUGUAAAACUACCAUGUAUGUACAGUAUGCAUGUAAAUGUCGUUGUCCAGGCGUGGCUACAGUACAUUCUACCCUCUCCACAUGGCCCAAUCCUUCAUUCCUCCUCCCCUGGAAACCUGAACCCAUGGCAAACUAAAGAAAGAUGCUCAUAGUCAGUAAUGUAGAGAUCUUCACCAACAUAUAAAUGCUGAAUGAAAGAGAAAUUUAUUUGUGAUAUUUUCCGAGACAUUUGCUCCAGUAUGGUGUAUUUAAUUAAUAAAAAAAUAUUGAAGAUUUAAAA